UUGACACUAUUGUUGGUAUGUAGCUAUACUCAAAAACUUUGACACAAGAAAGGCAUGGGAGACAAUAAUGAAGAGGAGAGCUGCAGUAUAUCCCCGAGCCUGGUUUCACUCGGUAGCGAGAUCAAGGCCGGGAUGCAGCAGUUUUUGAAGGAAAGGACGGAGGCCAACAUGUGGACGGCUGUGCUGAUUGGAGCUGUGACAGUUGUUUCGGUCCUUGGCAUUGUUGUUCUCCUUCUUUACAGAAGAUACAAACUGUCAAAGGAGGCUGGCGUUCCACAAUAUCGCUUCAGGAAGAGAGACAAGGUGAUGUUCUACGGCCGAAAGAUCAUGAGAAAGGUUCAGACGCUGUCCUCAGUCCCUGCCUCUAAUUCAAACUCAGCUUCCCGGCAGAGAGUGAGGAAGAGGACCAAAGUCCUGUCGAUAGCUCGCAAGAUCCUGCGCAUCCGGAAGGAGCCCCCCACCCUGCAGCCCAAGGAGCUUCCUCCAUGUCUGCUGGAGGCUGACCUGACUGAGUUUGAUGUGCAGAACUCCCAUCUGCCCUCUGAGGUGCUGUACAUGCUGAAAAAUGUCAGGGUGCUUGGCCACUUCGAGAAGCCUCUUUUCCUGGAGCUGUGUCGUCACAUGGUGCUGAUCCAGCUGCAUCAGGGAGAGGGACUCUUCCGACCGGGGGACACUGAUGACAGUAUUUACGUGGUUCAAGAUGGCCGCCUGGAGCUGUGCAUCCGUGAGAGUGAUGGUACCGACGCUGUGGUGAAGGACGUUUUACCAGGAGACAGUGUUCACAGUUUGCUCAGUAUCCUGGACAUCAUCACUGGCUAUCCAGCACCUUACAAAACAGUGUCUGCAAGAGCUGCAGUUGCCACCACUAUCCUGCGACUCCCAGCUGCAGCCUUCCAAUCAGUCUUUGACAAAUAUCCUGAAACUAUGGUCCGUGUCAUCCAGAUCAUCAUGGUGCGUCUCCAGAGAGUGACCUUCCUUGCCUUACACAACUACCUUGGUUUGACCACUGAGCUCUUCAACCCGGAGAGCCAAGCCAUCUCUUUGGUGUCGCUGGCCCAUGUUCUGGGUGAGGGUCAUCCACACAGAGGCCACCGCAGGCAGCCUUCCCACUCUGAUGAUCUGGGCUCCGAAAAAAGUGACACAGGUCAGAAACUACACUUCUCGGACACAUCAACAUCUAAAUACAAGAAAUCUCGCUCGCAAUCCACCCCAAUGGCUGUUACAGGUGACAUGUCAGUGAACCUCAACACAGUGUAUGAACAGGCCAAAGUUGACAAAGAGGAUUCUCUUGCUCACAAUCCUGUGAAGUCUAUUCUAAAGAAGAGUGUGACGAUGCAGGACACUCCAUCAGCUGUUUACUACUAUAGUGAUGCUGGAGGAGGAAAUGUCCAGCAUAAUAAAGUUAAUGCCAUUUUCCAAGCUGCCAAAAAGGAUCUGCUGCAGGUGCUCCAAAUACAGGACGCCAGUCUGCUGGAGGGGAGGGUGAAUCUCCGGCAGGUCAAAGCUGGUUCUGUUGUGGCCAACCAGGGAGACCAGGAUGUGAGCGUGGCAUUUAUCAUCUCGGGGUUGCUCCAUGUUUACCAGCGUAUGAUAGACCGUGAGGAGGAGACCCUGCUGUUUGUCACCCACCCAGGAGAGUUGGUGGGUCACCUGGCUGUCCUCACGGGGGAGCCCCUUAUCUUCAGUGUCCGGGCUCACAAAGACUGCACCUUCCUCUCCAUAUCCAAGGCCCACUUCUAUGAAAUGAUGCGCGAGGAGCCCAGGGUGGUGUUGAACGUAGCUCACACUGUGGUGAAGAGAGUGUCGCCAUUUGUCAGACAGAUUGACUUCGCCCUGGACUGGAUGGCUGUGGAGGCCGGCCGUGCCGUCUACAGACAGGGAGACAAGUCAGAUAGCACCUUCAUCGUCCUCAGUGGCCGACUGCGCUCUGUCGUCGCACAGGAUGAUGGGAAGAAGGAGCUGGCUGGAGAGUAUGGCCGUGGGGAUCUAAUCGGUGUGGUCGAGGCGCUGACCCACAUGAAUCGAGCCACCACGGUCCACGCUGUCAGAGACUCUGAGCUUGCCAAGUUACCUGAAGGGGCUCUGAACUCCAUCAAGAGGAGGUAUCCUCAGGUUGUCACCCGGCUGAUUCAUCUGCUGGGACAGAAGAUCCUGGGCAACAUGCAGCAGGUCAAUGGGCCUCUGGCUGCUCGUAGUCUGGCUCUCCAGACCCCCACCAGCAAGUGGGAUGCUGGGAAUCCAGCCUCCAACCUGUCCACUGUGUCCAUCCUGCCUGUGUCUGAGGACGUCCCCCUCACUGCCUUCACUCUGGAGCUGCAGCAUGCACUCAAUGGCAUCGGCCCCACUCUACUCCUGAACAGUGACUCCAUCAAACAGUGCCUAGGCUCUGCUGCUCUGGACAGUGUCCAUGAGUACCGUCUGUCCAGUUGGCUCGGGCAGCAGGAAGACAUCCAUCGCAUCGUCCUUUACCAGUCUGACUCUAGCCUCACACCUUGGACCCAGCGCUGCAUCCGCCAGGCUGACUGCAUCAUCAUUGUGGGACUGGGGGAGCAGGAGCCCACUGUGGGGGAGUUGGAGCGAAUGCUGGAGGGCAGUGCAGUCCGUGCUCAGAAGCAGCUGGUGCUGCUGCACAGGGAGGACGGCCCGCCGCCCAAGGGGACGGCCGAGUGGCUGAACAUGCGGAGCUGGAUCUCCAGACACCAUCACCUGUCCUGCCCCCGCAGAGUGUUCUCCCGGAGGAGUUUACCUAAGCUGAGAGAGUUGUACCAGCGUGUGUUUGAAAAGAGUGCAGAUCGUCAUUCCGACUUCUCUCGUCUGGCCAGGAUCCUGACAGGAAACAGCAUCGCUCUUGUGCUUGGUGGAGGGGGCGCCAGGGGUUGCUCUCAGGUUGGUAUCCUGCGCGCCCUGAACGAGGCGGGGAUCCCUGUCGACAUGGUGGGCGGCACCUCCAUCGGCUCCUUAAUGGGAGCGCUGUACGCUGAGGAGAAGAGCAACAGUCACAUGAGGGUCCGGGCUCGGGAGUGGUCCAUGGGUAUGACCUCUUACUUUAAGAAGAUCUUGGAUCUGACCUACCCUGUUACCUCCAUGUUUUCUGGAGCAUCCUUUAACUCCAGCAUUAGCUCCGUCUUCAAGGGCAAACAGAUAGAGGACCUGUGGCUGCCGUACUUCAACAUUACAACAGAUAUCACAGCUUCCUCCAUGAGAGUUCACACUGACGGUUCGCUGUGGCGGUAUGUCCGGGCCAGUAUGUCACUGUCUGGUUACCUGCCACCUCUCUGUGAUCCCAAAGAUGGACACUUACUCAUGGAUGGAGGCUACAUCAACAACCUGCCUGCCGAUGUGGCUCGCUCUAUGGGGGCCAAGGUUGUGAUUGCAAUAGAUGUUGGAAGUCGGGACGAAACCAACCUCACCAACUACGGGGACUCGCUGAACGGCUGGUGGCUGCUGUGGAAACGCUUCAACCCUCUGGCUGAGAAAGUCAAGGUCCUGAACAUGGCCGAGAUCCAAACCCGGCUUGCCUACGUCUGCUGUGUGCGGCAGCUGGAACUGGUCAAAGACAGUGAUUACUGCGAGUACAUCCGGCCGCCCAUCGACCGCUACGGCACACUAGAGUUCGGCAAGUUUGACGAGAUCGCUGAGGUGGGAUACCAGCACGGAAAGACAUUGUUCGAUGUGUGGCAGCGCAGCGGCGUGGUGGACAGCAUGCUCAAGGACAGACAUCAGGAGGAGUUCCACAAGACCAAAACUGGCCAUGUGGUCACCUGUCCGAAUGCCUCCUUCACAGACCUGGCGGAGAUCGUGUCGAGAAUCGAACCUGUCAAGAAUGCCUUAAUCGACGAGGAACUGUCAGAAGAAUACCAGACAGACUACGAUGAGGAGGCGGUGGAAAGCGCUCUCUCUGACUUUGAGGCGUUCGCCCACGGCAGUGAACACACUGACACUGCUGAAACAGAUGAGGAAAUUCCAAUCCGAGUUCGACGCCGCCCAAAGAACGCCUCACAGUCUUAGGCCGUGACUGCCUGUCAGGGCUGCUGACCAACGUCCACAACAACCACAUUUCAAUGCAGUGUUUCUGCCAUCCUUUGAGAAAUUCACUGAGAUUGCAUUACAAACAUGUAGUUCAAACUCUUGAGCCCGGCAGCAUGCUCUGUGUCUUUGAGGAAGACACUGAGCAGGACACACAACUGUUGAUGGAUACAGUGACUUCAACAGGAAGAGUUAGUUAUAAUUGAGUGAAGAGCCCCAAUGUGCUUUGUAAAUUUCAGUGGGUUCAACAGUUCAGUAACAACCAGGGUUCCUGUUGUCGAGGAAUUCCUAAAAUGUCAUUCAUCUAGGAGACGUGUAUUCCCAACAGGGAAAUAUAUAAUCUGUCUGUUCUCUUGGGGAAGUCGGGGAACAGCAAAGGAUUUUACAAAUCGGUUAUUUUACAGGAACACAGUAGAGUUUAUUUUUUUUCACUUGUUUGACACAUUUGUUGACUUGUAUGGCAGUUAAUUGUUAGUUGUGGAAAAAUAGGUAAAAUGGAUGGAACAGAUGGAAUGUAUGGCACAUCUCGCACAAGCUUAAAAAUGCACUGCAAUUGUUCAACAUAAUAUUUCAUUAAUGCAGUGCCACUUUUUGGGACAGUUCUAUGCAUAGCUGCUUUCUAAAAUAAUACGCUCAGAGUCAUAAAGCACUAUAGUGCAUUUCAUAAUGUUAAAACAUUGAAAAUACAUUUUAUGUGCCUAGAAUUUACUUCAAGUAGUAUUACCCUAAUGUCUGCCUAAUGAUGAAGAAUGUCUCCUCUUUCAGAUCAGGGAUAUGUAAACACCGUGGGUGUGACAAGUAUAAUGUGAACAAUGACUAUAAUAAGCUUUUUUGUAAUACCUGCAAAAUUACUCGCUUCAGAUUUAUAUCAUGAAGGUAAUUCUUACACGGAGCCUCACGCACAGCACUGCAGGACAGGCAAAAUGAAAUGGAGGUGCUGAAAGAAGAUGUCCAAUGGUCUCCUUUCAGCUCAGUUACACUUAAUUUGGCAAUUCCGUAUACUUGUCUUUAUGGCAGCCAUUUUAGCUAUUGCUACACAUUUCAUAUUUCACCUCACCCAGCCAGUUUACACUACGGAAGAGGAUUAGGGCCACAUGUGAACACCUUUAUUUGAGUUCUGAGUUUAAAGUCAGAAUUCUGACUCUUUUUUUUUUUUCUUUUUUGGUUUUUUUUUUAUUAAAAAAAGUCAGAAUUCUGACUUUAAACAAAUCUUUUCACAUGUGGCCCUAAUCCUCUUCCGUGGGGUAAAAUGGCAGAAGAAUGAAGUCAGAAUUCUGAGAUUAAAGUCAGAAUUCUGACGCUUUAAAAAAAAAAAAAAUAAUAUAAUAAUAUAUUUUUUUUAGACUUUUAAAAAAAAGGUCAGAAUUCUGACUUUAUUCUCAGAAUUCAAAUACAUUAUUUGACAUUUGGUCCUAAUCAUCUUCCGUAUUACUCCUACAUGUGCCUAUUUGAACCGACAAAGCAGGUGUGCCUGGAUACACCCUAGCCGAGUUUGCACACGUGACCGACCACUUUUCAGAUUUCCUCUUUUUAUAUAAAGGUAUGGUUUUUGAACUUUGAUCAAAGUGAAUUAGUUAGUUUACACCGUUUUUUUCUUUCCGUUACCUGGGGACAGUACAGCAGUGUGACUCACUUACUGAACCUAUCAGUUCUUCAUGCAUCUUUAUACAGACAGUAGCAGAUAACUGUGUGAGGAACAGACAACCUAACAGCUUCAAGACAUGACUUACACACACCCUUGUACCUGGACUUUUUAUGUUUUAACUGUAUGAUAGAAUAAGAAUACCUACAGUGGUACCUAACAAAUACUAUACCUGCCAAUUAAUGCAACAUUACACUUUUUAUACCUGCUAUUUGUCCUUUUUAAUCACCGUGGUUACAGAGCUCCUGUGGUUUUGAAUCAGUGUUUCAUUGUUUUAAGUUUUUGUGUCUGGAAGGCAGAAAAGUGUAAUGAGUGUAGUGGCUUUCAUAAUAAUCUAAAUACCAUGUUUGUUUAUGUUAAUAAUUUUGUGUUAAUAGGGAGAACUACUGUAUGGCAAAAAUGUUUUCUGUUAGACGUUGUCUUUCAAUAACUGGAUGCCUUAUUUUCAGUUUGAUACUUAUUAUUUGUUAUUGUUAAUACUGUGGUAGUUUAAUAAUGUAGAAUAAUUUAGAAUAUUUAAUUAUGUAUAUUUAGUGAACAAACUCCUGGGUUUAACAUAUGCAUUAUUUGAUAGUAAAGCCCAAAUUAUGGAAAAACUCAACAGAGAAGUACAGAAGAUGAAUUAUUUUUUGGAAUCUGAAAUUAUGAAACUGUUUGUUAAAAUAAAGAAGUUUUGUACAGUC